UUUAUUUCGAUAACAACUUGAAUUGAAAACAGGAAGUUUUUUGUUCCGUGGGUCGAUGUGGGUCGUGAAUAAAAAAAGUCAUACUGGAAAUAAGCGGUCUUUGGGUCGAACCAUGGUGAACCUCUUCCUGACUACAAAACGAUGCAUGGGCCUCGCUCAAAUAAUGCAUUCCUGCACAAACACGGACAAACUGUAAAUUCACAGCUUUGUUCCAGCAUAAACUGCCGGAAGUAAAAUUAAAGGGGUUCGCCUUUGUUAUCAGUAAAGGGUUAAGUACUCAUUGGUAGGUAUGACGGCAACCUUCCUUGACCUUGCUUCCGCCUUUUAGUCAGAGAUUAACAUUUCAACACGUAAGAGAUGAGCAAACUAAAUAUUAUGUAAAGUUGACUCUGUUAUGUCAUCAUGGAUUAUUGGACUGCAUGGUUUUCCAGCAGACAGACCAUCAGUCUUCUCAUUCGGACCUUAUUCCUCUCACAAAAUGGGAAUUGACAAGUUUUAGUGUCACUGACAGUGUCAAAUAAGGUGAAGAAAAAUGAGAUAAAGUCAAAUAAAAUAUAAACGAAUAAGUGUGGUGCCCAUCGGUCUGGAGGUUUCAGUGAAGUCAAGUCAUCACGACGGGAAGGAACGGAGAACAAGAAACGCUUCAAGAUAUAGACGAAACAAAUAGUGAAUAAAAAUGAAACCGGAGCUUAAUAAAAAGACGAAAGGGUUCGAAGAGGUUUUAGAAGAUUGUGGAGGUUUUGGCAAAUUCCAGUUUAUCGUGCUGGUAGCACUACUUUUGCCAGAGAUUCCGGCAGCGUUUGUGGCAUUUGCUCCCGUAUUUGUGGGCAGGUCAAUUGCUAACUGGAGUUGCGUGGUGGAUGGAAAUGGAACCGUAGAUGAAGUAUUUACCGGUGCGAUGUGUGAUUGUCCUGGAACAUUGUUGCUGAGUGAUGAGUCGUCCAUUGUGGCAGAGUGGGGCCUCGUGUGCCAACAUUCAUGGGUAUCCGAUUUCAUCACGAGUGUUCAAAUGCUGGGAAUGUUGAUAGGAUCGCUGUUUUCUUCACAAAUUUCAGAUUGGUAUGGAAGGAAAUGGGUGUACAUUGGGGUCUGUGGUCUCAUGGCGUUCGGUCAAGGUCUCUCCUCUCUGGCACCAAAUCCGGUAGUUUAUGCGGUCGCCAGAUUUUUUGCGGGAGCAGGAAUUUCUGGUUUCAUGGGGAUGUCAACCAUCUACCCGUUAGAAUUUAUGACGCCCAACUAUCGGCUCCUUAUCGGGAGUGUUGGUCCUUGGGGAGAGGGUAUCAUGCUGUUUGCUCUCCUCGCUUAUUACGUAGCUCCCUGGAGGAGCCUCCUCUUCUAUUCUGCCCUUCCAUUCAUCUUUGUGAUUGUCGUCGUUCCAUUCAUCCCCGAAAGCCCCCGUUACUUAUUGCGCCAAGGCCGAGUAGAAGAAGCGGUCCAGGUCGUGAGAAAAAUUCAGAGUGUGAAUCACGGUCGAAAUCACCAUCACGACUUAAUAACUUUCCAAACUUUGGAUGCGAUUUCGCGCGAGGAGGCAGCCCUGAGUGGAAGCGGAAGCAAUGGGAGGUUUUCAUACGUCGACUUUUUUCGAGAUGCGCAACUUCGCAGGAAGACGCUACUCUUGAUGGGGAUCUGGUUUUCUUGGUCCAUCGUCUACUUUGGGAUCAGUUACAAUAUCAAGAACUUACGGGGUGAUGCUUACCUCAACGUUGCCCUGAUGGGACUUUCAGACGCGUUGGGAUAUCCGGCUGCGCUCCUCAUUAACAAUAAAUUGGGCAGAAGAAAAUCUCUCGUCAUCUUUAUGUCUCUUGGGGCCUGCUUUCUCGUCCUUCUCGCCGGACUUGAGCUCUCUUUCGGGACCCUGAUGGACCCCGGCUUCGUCGCGUUUCUCACCCUUUCUGGAAAAUUCGGCGUUGCUGGGGCUCGCUCAGCAGCGAGGAUGUUAACCGGAGAAAGUUUCCCGACAUCGAUUCGCACCAUGGGCUACGGAAUUUCGGGCGUGACUGCCGGCGUGGGGGGAAUUUUCUCCCCGCAGAUCGCAUAUUUUGGAGCAUUAUGGUGGGGUCCUCUUCCUUUCGUUACAUUUGCCGUCAUCAGUGUGGGAGGAUCUUUACUUUCACUUCUUCUUCCAGAAACUGCGGGGAAAUUAUUGAGCGUAGAGAGCUCAGGGUUAAUCGCAGGCGGAACCAAAAAGGGAGGAGGACAUGAUAAAAAGAAGAAUUACAAGUCCACCAGUUGUUGCUAAGUAUAUUUGUAGGGGGUAAAUUAUUGUUGAUAUUUUUUAAAUGACGACAUCAUUGAAAGUCGCUGGAUAAUAUGUAAAUUAAUGCUAUGCACUUAAAAUGUGAAAUAAAUAAAAUAUUAAAAUGA